AUGAUCCAUAUACGUCUGCGCAUAUUUUUAUUCAAAGAAAGUGAUAAAAGGACAUUUGAUAUGAUUUUUAUCUUUGAUGGAGAAAAUAAUUUAUUUAUGUGUUAUGAUUUGUUAGCAUAUCAACAUUCACAUGAUAAUAAAAAUCAUUCACAAGUUGAUGAAACACAAAAUGAACACAAAAAAAAUGUUCGUGUACAACCACCAGAUAAGAAUAAUGGGAAAUGGAAUCAAUUUGCAUUUUUAAAAGGUUAG